AUGAUCAUUCUCGACCCAGAGGAUGAUCAACUCCCCAAACUCGCAGUCGACGCCGCCGCCAUCCCCACCCGCCGCACGGCCGAUCACUUUCCCCAACAAAUCCCCUCUCGCCCCCGCAGCCCCGUUCUCCCCGACUAUGAAACAUCCGAAGCCCAGCAGCAAAUAUUCCAAAAGCUACGAGGCAAAAGUCGAAAGAGCUCAAAGUUCUGUCGGGGCGUCCUCUACGCCAUCAUCCUCUACGUCGGCCUCUUUGUCGUCGUGGGCCUCCCCCUGAUCUUCCUCCAGAUAUGGCGGCGCCCGCAACGCCAUCCAAUCCCCCCCUUUGAACGCCCCCCUCCGCCAAAUAUGGUCUCCCAAGUCGAACUCUUCAUCCCUCUAUCCGAAGGUGAGGAGGCAGCGUGCAACUCGUGGAAUUCCGAAUACUCUUCUCCGGGCUCCCGGAGUUUGCAAUUCGCCCUCCCGGUCGAUAAACCCAUCAUCAUCCACUCCAACGUCUCCACCGACCGCGCUACCCUCCCCGGCUUCUCCGGCCACUUACAUGUCGACGUCAACCGCGACAGAAACGUCUCCGACGCCCUCGUCGCCGUCACCGUCCACUACUCGACCUACGACCUCUUCAGAGAGACCCACGUGUGUCUCAUGAAAAGCGACAACCGAACCGCCGUCUCGCUCUACGUACCCGAGUCCAUGGAAGCUUCCGACGCGUUAUCGUUCAACAUCACCCUUUUGUUGCCCCAUGUCGCUUCGCCCCGGCCACUACGCCUCGACCGCCUCUCGACGAGCCUUCCUUACUUCAACCAAUCCUUCGGGCACCUAGAGACCGUCCGUUUCAAGAAAGUGCUCAUUGAGGGCGCUUCGUCCAAAGUCACUUUUGAUUAUAUCAAGGCGAACAAGCUUUUGGUGAAGACAACAGAACAAGAGGUUUCAGGUACGUUCAAUAUAUCCGAUACGCUGACGUUGGACACCAUCAAUGGCCCCAUCUACGCCAACAUCACGCUCAAGAACUGCGGACGUGCCGACAAGCCUACCUUCAUGUCUCUCGACACGGGCAACGGGCCGAUCACCGCGAACAUCUCCCUUCUCGUGAGCGAGAAAUAUCAGCUCUUCCCCCCCGUCGCGGUCGAGUUCCACCCGAACUUCAUCACCAAGGCGCGCACCUUCAACGCCCCGAUGGCGCUCGCCAUCGCGCACACCGGCCGCGCCUCGCGCUUCUUCCUCUCCGCGCAGAACUCGCAGGCGCCGGUGGACGUCGCGCUUGACGCGCUCUACGCUGGCACGUUCGACCUGCAGGCCAAGUCCGACGCCGUGCACGUGCGCACGAGCCCCGCCGCGGGCGCGCUCGGGGCGGAGAAGCUCGCGGUGGUAUACGACCACGAGACGCACAGCCGGAUAUUGGGGUGGGUCGGGCGCGGCGAGCGCCCUGCGAUGAACGACCGGAAGAAGGAAGGCCAUGUGGAGGUCAUGUCGUCGCUGAGCCCCGUCACGCUCCACGUCAACGAGUCGGCCUGACGCGCGCCCGCGUCCCACGAACGCCGCCGCCGCCGUCCCCCACUGACUCACUCAUUCACUGACUCAUCCAUUCACAUGCGCGCGGCUUGUUGUAUCAUAGUGUAUACUGGGGGGAUUCGGCCGCGCGCACUUCAACACUCGCACUCGCAACUCACAUGCACGCACCUGCACUCACGCACUCACGCAUUACUCUCACACUUUCGGGAUCGGGAGAUCAUCUGCAUCGCCCCGCCGCAGCCGCAGCAACUCGCUAUCGGCCGGACUGGGGUCGUGUUCCGCUUUGUUUACUUAUAUGCGUCCUCGUCGUCCUCGUCGUGAUCAACGCGAUCGAUCGACGACCGGGGACGCGACGCUCUUUUACUAUCCUAUUUGGCUGCGUACAUACGGAUGGGCAGGCACGACUGGGCCGCCCGACGUUGAAUUUGGGUUACUUACAUCACACUCUGCUAUUUCUAGCUAGCUAGCUACUUACUGUUGCACGGACUACUAGGUUUGUCUCGAAUCGCAAAUAUACAUAUCGCUCGCUCGCUCACUCGCUCGUGUGGAUUGUGGACUCUGUCCGUCUGAUUCGGUCCAUCGUGUACCCGCCCUCGUCACGCUAAUCGAAAAGUAACUUACACAGAUAUCGAACAUGCGCGACGUGCAUGUGGGGAUCGCAAACGCGACUCUCUACUACUACCGAGUACGUAUGAUGCGUACACUGCCAUGAAAUAAAGAAAUAUGGAGAUAAGAGAUGGCCGAGGGCGAGCGGGGAGCUGCGGUGAGCGACGUCGGUGUGCACCGCAGGUUUUGGUAGGUAACCGCCGCAGCGUUGCGGUCUCGCUCGGCCCCGUGAUCAGUCGGUCGCGGCGCAUCGGUCGACGGACAGGUUCGCGGGGUUCCCCCACCAGUUCGGGAAGUCCACCGCGUUGCCGCUCGCGCCGAAGACGGCGAAGCUGAGGAUGAACAUGAUGAUCUGGCUCCCGCCGUCGAGCGCGGCGGACGUGAUGUAGUUGUACUUCUUGAACCACCCGGGACGUCUCCUGCGCGCCCACUGCUGGGACGCGAGGCCGAUCACGAGGCACGACCACCACAUCCCGUUGACCGAGUACGGCAGGUAGCCGAUGUAGAGCAGGAUGAUGGGCGUGUUGAUGUACUUCGCUGCGCGCGCGACGAACGAGUCCUUGCGCGCGAAGCGGUGCACGAGCCAGAACGGGAUGGGCAUGAACAGGCCGAGGAAGAUCGCGAAGGGGACGAGCCAGUACGGCUUGCCGUACGUGAAGAGCUCCUUAC